ACCAUCCAUUGACAAGGAAAAUCGCACUCGCGAGCAAAUCUGUUGCUCUUUUCCGUCUACUCCGAAACCGAGAUCUAGCGACGUUGGCGGAUCAAUCUCCAACAGGAACUGGUCAGCAUUGAGAUCGGAUAGAAGAAUCGCAGGCUAAGCGGUGGGAUGCUAUAGCGAUAGGAUAUUCGUUGUCAUCCUCGGCCGGAUCUGAUGGCGGCAUCUUCUCCGGCGAAGAUCUUCGAAUAUUUCGUGGUGUGCGGGAUCGGGCCGGAGAUCGCGACCCUGGAGGGGAACAAGGGGUUCCAGGGAAUGGAGGUCAUGUACAUGCCUUCCCUCCUCGACCAGUACCCUCCUUCCAACCAGUCUCUCUAUCCUCCCCCUCCGCCGCAGCUGCCGACCUGUGUUCUACCUGCAGGGGUGGAAUUCUAUACUUCAGGGUUUAACUCUGAUGAUGUUGCAACUUAUCCUCGGAGUUAUCCAAUUGUUUUAACAGAGGGGGAUGGGUCCAAAAUUUAUGUUGCAUGCAUUGCAUUCCGUGAUCUGGUCUGCGACGAUAUUAUUGAAGCAUAUAAGAUACCUGCAAAUUCAUUUGCCGACAAAUGCAUAUGUCUUGUAUCUCGCUCUCCCAGUUUUCAGGUUCUCAAGGAUGCAUUGGAGGAGCUGUUCAUUCUCUGCUUUUCUCCUGCUGGCUGCAGCAAGCCAUUAUGGGAUGUAAUAGCUGAUAUGGUAUCUAAUGUUCCUUUACCUACACCGGGAAAAGAUCGUGUUUUAUUUGCUAUUGAAAAUUGUCUUCUUUGUGCGGAAACGCCACCAAAGGAAGGGCUUCCUCAUGCAGAUAUUUCAUUUCAACCCUUGGUACAGUGCCUUGAUGUGGAUAACCUGAUUCAAUUUUUUACCGCUGUGCUUCUUGAAAGAAGAAUAUUACUCCGAGCAAAUAAGUAUUCACUAUUAACUCUAGCAUCGGAAGCAAUUUGCCAUUUGAUAUAUCCUUUCAGAUGGCAGCAUGUCUAUAUUCCACUGCUUUUCUUUAGUGGAGUAGACUACAUUGAUGCUCCUACACCAUAUAUGAUGGGACUUCACUCAGGCGUUGACACAUAUUCUUUGUCGAUGGAUGGUGUAGUUGUUGUGGAUCUUGACUACAAUCGCAUUACCACAUCAGAAGAAAUACCUCCAAUACCAGAGCCUGAACUAAGUUUCUUACGCAGUGAGAUACUAAAGCUGCUACACCCAAAUGUCACAUUGAUAGAUCACUUGAAGAUCAAUUUUGGUAGUAUGUCAGAGCAGUAUAUUAAGUGUGGCAACAAACCCUGGGGAGAGGAGCAUAACUUUCAACUUAGAUUGAUAUUUUUAAGGUUUUUGGCAUUGCUCCUAAGCGGAUAUCGUAACUUCAUUGAACCAACUACAAAUGUGUUCAAUUCUCAAGCAUUUUUGAAGAAAUGUUCUCGCGCUACUGGCGAACCUAUUGAAUCAAUGUUAAUGAUGACUCAGUUCUUAGAGUCGCAAGGUUUUAUGGACUAUUUGGAAAGAUGUAUCAUGUCAGAGGAAAGCGGCAAUAACCUACUGGACAAAUUACAAGAUGCCACAGGGAGGGGUCAGGACCCUAUUUCAAUUUUUCCAACACCAUCUUCAGAAUUUGAGAUCACUACUGUAUCAGUGACUGAAGUUGAAGUUUCAGAACCAGGUUCUAGGCACUGUUAUAAGCGGUUUCCUUCAACAGUUAGAACAGAAGAGCAAGAAGAGAAGCGCAGGUCAAUUCUGGCAUUGGCAAACUCUGCUCAUUCUGGGAGACACACAAUUAGUUCUCCAAUGGUAGCCAAUGGUGAUCCAAAAGCAGAAAGCUUAAGUUCAAUGGAGAGAGCUGCAGAGAGAGAUAGGAUGGUCUUAGAUAUAAAAGUGAAAUUGCAGGGCUUAUGGUUACGUCUUCUAAGGCUUGGGGCAACAGAGGAUCCUCUUUCAUCUUUCGAAUAUGGCACCAUUCUUGCUCUAAUUGAAUCUGAUGCUGAGGGGAUUGGUGGUAGUGGGUUUGUUGAAUGUAUAAGGGAGCAUAUUAUUUCGGGUUGGCAAUGCCGUUUGACUGAUGAACAAUUCAUCGCAGUUAAAGAACUGCUCAAAACUGCUAUAAACCGAGCUUCCUCUCGAAAUGACAUUGCUACCAUCAGAGAUGCUCUUGAAGUAUCUGCUGAAAUGUAUAGAAAGGAUUCCAACAAUGUUCCAGAUUAUGUUCAACGCCAUCUUCUAUCUCUCUGCAUUUGGGAUGAGCUACGCUUCUGGGAUGCCUAUUUUGAGUAUCUAAUGGAGCAGUCUGCAAACAAGUCAGCGAACUAUGUAACUUUAGUCACUGCUCAGCUCAUUGUAAUUGCAACUCACAUGGAUGGACUAGGACUUCCUGAUUCUGAUGCUUGGAACAUGAUUGAGAAAAUUGCGGAGAAAAACAACCUAGGUUACAAACAGCUUAUAAAGCUCAGGGCAUUUUUGUCGCAUAUCCAACAACUUCGGGUGGGUUAUUGGGGAUUCUCGUCUGGGAAAGGCCAGUCUGUGUCACCAUAUGGAUUGCCCUCGCCUCAUUUACAGGAUGGAGCAGAUGGAAGUCAUGAACCUACAGAAGCCUCUGUUGUUGGGCGGAGUUGGGUGCACAGCAUGUUUAGCAGAGACAGAAGUAUAAGAGCUAAUUCUUUUGGCCGAGUUCUUUCCAGUGAUGGCACAAAGACUGGUGCUGAUUCUGCAAAGGGAGACGUUACUCCUGGGCAGAAGAAACUUCAGUCCAGCAUGCGCAUACUAAAAGGUCAUACAGGCGCUAUCACUGCUCUUCACUGUGUUACAAGACGGGAAGUUUGGGAUCUUGUUGGUGACCGUGAAGAUGCUGGUUUUUUCAUCAGUGGAAGCACUGAUUGCUUGGUUAAGAUUUGGGAUCCUAGUCUACGUGGCUCUGAACUUAAAACAACACUCAAGGGGCACACUGGGCCUGUACGUGCAAUUAAUUCUGAUCGGAGUAAAGUGGUAUCAGGAUCUGAUGAUUAUUCUAUCAUAGUUUGGGAUAAGCAAACUUCUCAGAUUCUGGAAGAACUAAAGGGCCAUGAAGCACCGGUCAGUUGUGUCCGGAUGCUUUCUGGAGAACGCGUUUUGACUGCUGCACAUGAUGGUACUGUGAAGAUGUGGGAUGUCAGAACUGAUACUUGUGUUGCGACAGUUGGUCGCUGUUCAAAUGCUGUUCUUUGCAUGGAAUAUGAUGAUUCCACAGGGAUAUUAGCAGCAGCUGGAAGAGAUGUGGUAGCAAAUAUUUGGGAUAUACGUGCUGGCAGACAAAUGCAAAAACUUGUUGGCCACACUAAAUGGAUUCGGUCAUUACGGAUGGUAGGAGACACCAUACUUACUGGAAGUGAUGAUUGGACGGCUAGUACAUGGUCUGUUUCUCGUGGAACAUGUGAAGCAGUUUUGUCUUGUCAUACUGGUCCGAUUCUCUGUGUGGAAUACUCACCAUCUGAUAAAGGAGUUAUUACCGGUUCAACUGAUGGUCUUAUAAAAUUUUGGGAAAAUGAAGAAGGACGAAUGCGAUGUGUUAAAAAUUUGACCUUGCAUUCUUCUUCUAUUGUAUCCAUCACUGCUGGAGAACAUUGGUUGGGCAUUGGAGCAGCCGACAAUUCCAUGUCUCUUUUCCAUCGUCCUCAGGAAAGACUAGGUGGUGGUUUCUCCAGCACAGGAGCCAAGACCACUGGUUGGCAACUGUAUAGAACUCCUCAAAAAACAGUUGCUAUGGUACGCUGUGUAUCUUCUGACCUCGAUAGGAAAAGGAUAUGCAGUGGUGGCCGCAAUGGACUACUCCGACUUUGGGAAGCCACCAUUAAUAUCUAAUCUUUUUUCAAAUUCUCAAUUAGAUUAUACACGGACAAAAAUGCAGACAUGUUUUGUACGAAAAUUGUGUAUUUGGGUAUGUCUUUUUUUGUUGCUUCUUUAUUGCAGUUAUCGUAAUUCUUUGGACUAGCAUUUAAGUUUAGGAUAGGGUUGAUUCUUAUCAUUUUCUCUUGAAUGUUUUGGUUCCCAUGCAGUGAUUUUUCUGUAGUUUGUAACUAAACUCGUACGGCGAAUCUACCACUGUUUGCUAAAUAUUAUGCUGUCUUUCCUGCAACUAUGCAGAGAUUUAUCA